GCUGCUCAAAUCACACAACAACAGUUCACUUAGCGACAGAACAACGAAGCAAGGACACCAUUUGUUUACCCAAUCUGCCAAUAAACAAUUCGCACCUGGGGCAUUAGCCUCAAAUUAUCUACCUAGGUACUUUUAUCAUGUCUUUGGCGCAGGGCUCGCCUCGACUGCCCAGUCCACCACCUGCCGCCGAGAUUCAGCUCGGACCUAAAUCUCCAGGACUGGGUAGCACUGCAAGCCGUGAAGCACAACAGAUUGAGCGGACCAUGGCCGAAGCAAAUGCGAAGCGGCGCAUACAUCCAGGCACCAAGUCUGAGGAUAUGGCUGCUGGGCCGCCUCUUGUUCCACUUGGCGAGCUCGACUCGGCUUUUCAACUUCAAGAACAUCUCGCAGCACUUCACUACCACCAUACCGCCUCUAAUACGACACCCAUCACCCGAGCGGUUGCUUUGCAAUUAGCUACGCCGCCGCCAGGCAUCGAUAGGACGCUAUGGCUCUACGAGCUCUGCCGUUUCCUCAUCGCCCAAUGCAAUAGUUUGAUAGUGGGCUUUCUCUUUGAUACGCCACCAUGUUCAUCUAUAACGUGCCCCGAGAUGCGAGCCUCCGAAUGGCAAUUUCUAUGCGCCGUCCAUGACCAACCAAAGAGCUGCUGUGCUAUCGACUACUGUUGCCAUACCCUCGAUUGGGCUGCAAAUGUAGUUACCAACCCCAAGAUAUUUCCAAGCAGAUUUGUAGUGUUGCCGGAAGGGCAUGACAAGAGCUCGGCGCUGAAGAACCUUAUCAAUGUGUUCCGCCGGCUCCACAGAAUAUUCGCACAUGCGUGGUUCCAACAUAGAGGGGUAUUCUGGUCGGUCGAAGCUCAGACCGGCUUGUAUGUAUUCUUCAAGGCGGUCUGUGACAUGUACGACCUUCUUCCUUCCGAGAACUACAAGCUCCCGCCAGAAGCAGAGGGUCUGGAACCGGCUGAGAAGGAAGACAAGAAGCCCGUAGUAACUGCCAUUGCGAAGCCACCACAGCCGCCCCCGCCCCCGCCGCCUCAGCAGCAACAACACGAGAGCACCGAACAUGAGGAUGAUCGACAUGGUCUACACGCUCGUAGAAGUAAUACGGCUAGACAUUCGAGCAGGCCGUCAACCGGUAGUUCCGUGACGACUGUUAUUGAAGAACGAGAAGAUGAGCAGGACGUUGCAAACAAACUCAAGAAUAUGCACAUCUCAGGCCCCGAGAUAAUGGAAGAAGAGGAGUCAGGAGUCGAAGUACCUGUCAUUGUUGAAGGUGAAUUGCUAGAAAAUACUUCCAGCGUCCAGGAACCUGGAGUGCCUCAACAGUCUGAGCCCCAAGAGCAACAGGGUGACGUACAUUCCCAAGGUAUCCGGAUAGAAGUGCAAGAGGAUGUGCCAACAGAAUCAGAGAUAUCUGUGGAAAACGAGGCAGUGGAGGCUGAUGGAAGCAAAGAAGUACCCCUACCAGAACAUGAGCAGGUGGUUGAAAAUGAAACACCUGUUCCGAGCAUAGAAAAGCAGGAAGAUACGCCAGCUGAAGGAGAGCAGCAAGCCGAGUCAAGCGCUGCCGAGGAACCUACACCGGAGACGGAGUCUACCAAAGCAGAUGUGGAGAAAGAGGAGACGAAGGAGACGGAGGAGGCGAAGGAAGAAAAGUCAAGUUCAAAGAAUCUAGGCACGGACUAGAAUUUCGUGGCUGGCCUGGAGCGAUUUGAAGACAUUGAUCCGGUGGCCGUGGAGGCAGUCAUCCGUCGUGCCAGACGGGCGCUGGAGCGGCUCCGCCGCCGGUGGGAUCGCACCGACGAACCUGACGAUGAGGAUCUGAACGACGAGACAGACAUGAUUGUUGAACGAACAGACGCAAUCGUCGGCAAAUUACGGCAAGUUAGAGGCGCCGAUAAUGAAGAAUCGGAAAAUGUUGACGAUGACCAAGAUACGUUCUGAAUUAACGUUGGCUGCGGCACGAGCAUAGUUUCCGCGUCUUAGAGCUAUUGGGCCCGAGUCUAAGUUGAAGGUUGUACGUGUAUGAACAGUGUUUAUGCUUAUGGGUUAGGGGGCGAGGAUGGGAUGGAAGGGAUAAUCCUCCAGUGCAUAGUUAGGAUGAGGCCGGCGGACGGGUUAAUCAUGUGUAAAUGUGGUGCUACAAGCUGGUAAUCAGCUUCCUCUAGUAGCCCUACUCAUAAUGAUUAUGUCUUAUGCCCAGGGCUCUGAGCGACGUAGUGAUUCUAUUCCUGACACCGUUGACUUGGCUAUCUUGGAGCUUACGCUUCAUCGAGCAAGUCCCCCAUGUUGCAUCGCUUGGCUAUGUUGUCUAUAUUGUUGACUUCAACAUGUACAUUUUAAUAAUACCUAAUUUAUUCAUGCUGCA